AUGUCAGCCACCUUUCCGGGACUGGUUCACGAUGCGGAGAUACGUCAUGACGGAUCAAACAGCUACCGUUUGAUGCAGCUCGGAUGCUUGGAAUCUGUGGCCAACUCCUCUGUCGCGUACUCUUCCUCUUCGCCUCUCACAUACCCGGCAACGGGAACCGAGUUUGCCUCACCGUAUUUUCCUACGAAUCACCAAUACACGCCCUUGCACCACCAAUCCUUCCACUACGAGUUCCAGCACAGUCACCCGGCCGUGAACCCGGACGCCUACUCCCUUAACUCGCUACACCACUCCCAGCAAUACUACCAGCAGCUUCACCACGGCGAGCCCGCAGACUUCAUCAACUUACACAAUGCCCGGGCACUCAAGUCGUCGUGUCUGGACGAGCAGAGGCGGGAGUUGGGCUGUCUGGACGCUUACCGGCGACAUGACCUCUCUCUGAUGAGCCACGCCGGCUCCCAGUAUGGCAUGCACCCCGACCAGAGACUACUGCCCGGUGCCGGGUUGGGGCUGGCCCCGCCGGGGGCCGAGGACCUACAGGGCUCUGUGGAUGCACAAUGUGGACUUGUUCUUAACGGUCAAGGAGGAGUGAUCCGCAGAGGUGGCACGUGCGUAGUCAACCCCACGGACCUGUUCUGCUCGGUGCCGGGAAGACUGUCCUUGCUGAGCUCCACGUCCAAGUACAAGGUCACGAUAGCCGAGGUCAAGAGACGGCUGUCACCGCCCGAGUGCCUCAACGCCUCUCUACUGGGCGGCAUCCUGAGAAGAGCGAAGUCGAAGAAUGGCGGUCGGUGUCUGCGUGAGAAGCUGGAUCGCCUGGGCCUGAACCUGCCGGCCGGCCGCAGGAAAGCAGCCAACGUCACGCUGCUCACCUCACUAGUGGAAGGCGAGGCACUGCACCUGGCGCGAGACUUUGGCUACACCUGCGAGACGGAGUUCCCCUCCAAGGCAGUAGGGGAGCACCUGGCCCGACAGCACACCGAGCCCAAGGAGCAGAACGCACGCAAGAAAAUGGUGCUGGCCACCAAGCAAAUCUGUAAGGAGUUCCAAGACCUGUUGAGUCAGGACCGGUCUCCUCUCGGCUCGUCCAGACCCACCCCCAUACUGGACGUGGACAUCCAGAGACACCUCACACACUUCAGCCUGAUCACCCACGGGUUCGGGACGCCAGCCAUCUGCGCGGCCCUCAGCACCUUCCAGACCAUCCUGAGCGAGAUGCUCAACUACCUGGACAAGCACUCAGCCACCAAGGGAUCCGGAACGCCGGAUGCCAGCCAGAUCAGCGCCGGGUCCGACAAGACGCAGCUGCGCAAGGCCAACGACCUGCCCGUCAAGGACGGCAAGCUCGAGAAGACAGAAUGACUGACUGGAUUGACUGACUGACUGACUGAC